GAAAGUUGGUAAAAAUGUUUCUAUAUGCAAAUGCGGAUUCGGCGAAUGGUUUUAGAUUUUGGCACGUGCAGUGUGUAGGUAUUGAGAAACGACCCUGUUGCAGGAUUUUGUUUUAUCUAUGUUGAGGAAUUCAAUAUAUUUUGUGCACUUAACUGAUUUUCGUGAUUUUUAUUAAGCAUUAGCUAAUUUCACAUCUUUCGAAGAAAUUUUUUCGGGAUGAACAGCUAAUAAACAAGUUGUUUAUACCAUCAACAUUGCACUGGCGUUAAUACGAAAAACCUCCAGCAAAAUUCCAGCAAACGAUAAUGAGAUUUUUAGUAAAAACCGCGACCCAUUUGUAAAGGUCGUGCCCGGGUUACGGUCAUAUAGAAGGGGCAUUUUCCACGAACGGGAAAUGUAUCGAAAAUGAAGGUCAUUUAGUUACCCGUGCAAUAAAAGCAUGACCUUAUACUUUUGACUCGAGCAGUAGACGUAGUUCGGAUUAGGCCAUUUAAUUAGGAUUUUGUUUUUGCCGCAGAUCGUAUAUAAACCUAUAAGCACCAGUUAAAUUCAUGCCACAAGAAAAAGAAGAUGCCUUCAGAUUCAAACCAAAGAAUGGAAGAGAAUGAAGUCACGUAUUGUUUAAUUUCUCCAACACACGAACUGCAACGGAUGGAGAACCCGAAAUAUCAGAGCCAGAUUUCGGAAAGGAUUCCAAUUAUAACAAGCAGCACACUGACGGCUACAACCCAGAACUUACUACAGUACAGUGGCCGGGAAGUUGAGCAGAGGUCACGGUUAAUAACAUUUAACUGGCAGACCGCUUUCCAAUGCCGAGGAAAAACAGUGCCUGAAAAUAGGACGACCUCCCCGAAUUUGAAAACCUGCUCUUCUUCAUGCUGGAGAAUGUUACAAGCUGCUAUAAUUAUUCUCCUGCUCGCAACCUCGGCGUUUGCGGAUCCGCUGGCGGAAUCCGCAUCUUCUGCGCCCGGGUAUGAGCUCGAGUACACAAGGCCGAGUUCGCCAAGGGAAAGGACAGCCCUUGAGAGGGUAGAACGUGGUACGAUCACUGCUGCCCCAGCACCACGGCGGACUUCACCUCAGAAGCGACAACUCGGCGAGUUUCCGUCCACCUCCCGGUAUCAGAGGUUGCUCUCAAAGUCCGGAUUCUUCGUGGAGGUUAAGAAGAGAGGAAAAGUGAAAGGAUCGAGAAAGAAAAAUCCGUUCGGUAUUAUGGAACUAAGAUCUAUCAGCCCGGGAGUUGUGGCGAUAAUCAACGUGAAAACUGGUCGAUAUCUUGCGUUUGACAGGAAGGGAAAGGUCGUCGGAUUGAAAACCCAUACACCAGCGUGCAACUUCCACGAAAAGAUGGUUGGAAACAAUUUCUUUAUAUUUUUCCAUGAAAAGACGAUCGCUACAUCACGUCGUACAAUCAGAAGGACCUACUACCUUGGAUUCGAUAGAAGGGGGCGCCCGAAACGAGGACACAAACUACAAAGAAAUAACAGUGCCGCCCACUUUCAAAAGUUGAAUGCCAAAGCAAGCGAACUUAAAAGAAGGAAGAAGAAAAAGACUCCCAGAACACCUAAAAGUCGUCGUAAUAGAGGUGGUUCAGGCAAAAUAAGAAGCAAACUGAGGCGAACCAGAUUAAGAAACGCCUAAGUCGAUUAUUAAAGUGAUCAAACACACAACGAAAAGGAAUGAAUCCGGAUUAAAGUUAUUGCAUUCAUAUCAAAUUAUUGCGAAAAAGUUAUAAAUUCGGACCACCAUUGCGGAAUACAUUAAAAUGUCUGGUCGAAAGUUCCCUGUACUCAAAAUCCAUUGCGCUGUUGCAGCGAAUAUAAUUUAAAACGUCAUUCGUGUAUUUAUUUCAGCUUUCUGCUAUAGCAUCACACAUGGUUUGUGACGAUGCAUGCUCAGCGUGCGACUGAAUUAGCUAAAACGAACGACAACUUGUUACGUGAUAGUUGCACACUACAGAUGUCGCAACAUGCAAUGUUUUGGUACAAAAGUGCUUCAGUUUCUUACAUACAAUUUACUAUGAAGUCCCCAUUUGAUUUUUACUGCAUAAACUCUAAUUUAUUUUACGCCAUUCACUCAUCAGAAACGUCUAUUCUGAAACAGAACAUUUCUUUCAUUUAUAACUUCCUGACCGAUAUUUGAAAAAAAAUCCGAUACAAAAAAGUUCCCGCUUUCACAUUUUAUUCCCGCUUAUUUUUUCUCUGCCGUGUCCUAUACCGUUACAUCAAGUGCACACACAGCAUUGCCGAGUCGUAGUUGGUCCAAAUGAUUCUUAGUUUUGGACUUUUAUCGCUUUUAUUUAUAUCGCUUAUGUAGUUCGUAUAUUUAAACGCAUUCUUGCUACUUCUUCAAGCGCCCUUGCGCGUUCAUUUUUGUUCUUCUUUCUAUAAACUGCGUUCCUACUUCAAUGUCUUCUUGUUAUAUUUAAGUUGUCUGUCGUUUGAUAAAUGUAGCUGCCUUAUACAAUACAAUUGAACAAUCGCUUUUGAACAACUGUGUGCUAUAAGGCCUACACCUCUUAUAAA